AUGGUCUCCGUCAUUCCUGCGCCAGUUUCUUGCACAAAUCCUGGUCAUACCUCAAGCCAAAUUACAGCCUAUAAGCAUACUAUUUCUGGUAGUUCAAAAUUGACCGGUAUUAAAUUUUAUCUUAAUGGUGAUCAAGGUCAAAGAAGACGUAUAACUUCUAGAAACUUGGGUCUCCCUAUAGAAGGUCCUGUAGACGUAUAUGCAUUCUAUUGUACAGAAGAUCCGAUACUCGUAUAUGUUAAUUCCACCGGAGGAUCUUCCCAAACUAUAGGAUGGUACAGGAAAAGCAAAAGAAGUUAUGAUAAGAAUUGGACUAAGAUUCCUACCGCACUAAAUGGUAUAACACCGACUAACAUUACAGAAUGCAGAAACUGGAACAAACUUGUAGGAGUACUAGAAGGGCUUAAAUGUCAUAAGUUCAACAAAUGCACUUAUAAAUCUUCACUAGGACGUGCUGACGACGGAGUACAAGAAGAGGUAAUUGACCUGGGAUUAUCUGAACCUGAAGCUCCUGAUUCUCCUCGUGCUGAAGCUCAUGGUGGUCAAGCCUCUUCUCCAGCCUCUAAUACUGGUGGUGCUAUAGCUGGAUAUGUUCUGACUGGAGUUUGUGUUAUAUCUGGUUCUCUUACUGGAUUUGCUUAUUGGUUGUACAAACGUACUAAUGGAGAUCCUUGGGUUAGACACGGGUAUUCUAUAGAGUGUUUAAAGAAUGUACCAUAUUGA